UGAAUUUCAAUCACUGAUCAGCAGCACGACUGUCAACCGUUUGAAUCUACUGAUCCAGGCUCAAGCGCUCAUCAUGCAUCAGGCUCUACUUAUUCCUGAAGUCCUCCUAAACAUAUUUGCGCAUGUCAAUCCAACACUAGACCCGUGGCUCACUCGCAAUUAUGACAAGAUAUCAUUGGGUCGAAAAUCCCUUGCUGCGCUUGCGACAACAUGCAAAGCCUUCCACGAGCCUGCCAUGGAUUUGCUGUGGGCUGAAGUACAUCAGUUAGAACCACUGCUAGGAUGUAUAACCAGGUUGCAUUCAACAAUAUACAGUAAGCAUCCGAGUCAAUGGUGGAAUCCCUGGCAUGACUACCAUAGCCGCACCUGGGCAGGCUUGCCAGAUCUCGAACCAUUAUCUGCUCACGAGACCUGUCAAUUUCUGCGUCACUCCGCCCGCGUCCGCUCAUUGAUCAUACCAUAUCAUGAUCGCCUUGUUCACUUUCUCUCAGCCAUUCCCAUCGAGACAUGCCUCUUCCCGAGGCUGCGGUCGUUAACUUGGGGGCUUUCCACUGCUAAAUAUAUGGACCUCUUCUUGCCCCACACGCUGCGCAAAUGUCACCUAUCGACUGUCAACGAAGGUCUGAAAUAUCUUGUGACCCGUUGCUCUGCCUUGGAGCACUUAAGCAUCGACCGUUUUGAUCCGCUCGCAGGGGAUGAGCUAUCCUUGCUGUCUGAUAGUGUCCGUUUGUGCAAACGGCUUGUACGUCUGUCUUGUCCAUCGCUCGACUGGGCAGCAUGGAAGCAUCUCUCCGACCUCCCUACUCUUCUUGGAGUGCAAAUUGAUGCAAACCGCAGUGCCUUUCUUUGGCCAUUGGAACGGGAUAUCGUCAAUUUAUCGCCAUUUCUUAACCUCAAGGAUCUUUCCAUCUUGCUUUCCAGUCCUGCAUAUGUUAUCGCAGUCAUGGAACACUCGCAAUUCCCCUCACUGAUAAAAUUCACGGUCCGCCUCGAACUUCCGCCUCCAGCAGUGGCUGAGCAACUCUUUAAUACACUAUCCCAAUGCACGACAUCCCAAAUCCUCGAACAAAUUGACAUUACCUUGGACGACUAUGAAGACGACUAUCCAGAUCCAGACAACGAUCAAGACCCUCCACCACCAGGCAACAUUUUGACAGUGAUUCCACAUCUUCUUUGCUUCACACAGCUCCGAAUCCUGCAGCUCAAUAUUCAUGGUUCCUACAUCCGCCUUGACAAUGACAUCCUUUUGGUAGCCAUGUCAGCUUGGCCGCACAUCCAAACUCUAAAAAUAAAAAACUCGAGCCUUCCUCCUCCCGUCACAUUCCGCGGAUUAUUCACAGCGAUGCGUCAAUGUCCACACUUAAAUAACCUGGACAUUGCGAUCGAUACUGAGAAUAUCGAUAUCGAUCCUAAUGCUGAGCCAACACCACAUACCUCCCUACAAACAUUGGAGUUGGGGUCAGCCCGUUAUUGGGUUAGGAACCCUGAAGCUGUCGCUAGCAUCAUCUUCACCUGGCUCCCUUGUAUCGACGGAGUUGACAUGCCCAAUGGGCAGAUGAAGGAUGUCCACUUACAUCUGGAACGUUUGAGAGUUGCUGCGCUGGAUGCCGCAAAAGCCGUCUCAUAUAAUUGAUGUACUCAUGUUCAGGGAAUAUUCUGGAGUUGCUACAUUCCUUCGCGUUCGCACACGUGCCAGUGGUCCUAGAGAGACUCUCGCGCUAGGCAUGGACCGUAAUCCACAGAAUGGCUGCAUGACGAUCCCGUACCUGCUAGAUUUCCUUUCUGCCCCGGAUUUCUUCGCCUCGAAUUGUGUAUAUCUUAGACUGAUAUUAAUGCAUGUAUUUAGAGUCUUGAUGUUGUUCCCACUAUGUACAUACUACACAUACAACCUAAUAUACCUCCACCUGAGACGUGGCACUGGGUUGCAAUGGA